AUGAUCGUCUUGGCUUUGGUCGCAUCUGGCAGCGACGUGCUAACCGAGUCACACGACCAUGCGCACGAGCGAUUCUUGACCGCAGCGGACACGAUCCUGGCAAGGAUCCCUGCUAGCUCAGAGUCGAAUGGUGGAGGUGCACAAAGAUUGACGUACACAUACGAGAGCUGGUUGUUUCACUACCUGAGCCAAGAUGGCCUCACGUUUUUGUGCUGCGCGGAUCACGAGAGUGGCAGAAGGCUUCCCUUUGCCCUGCUUUCAGAGGUGCAGAAAGAGUUCCUGGCCACUUUCGACGCACCCUUGCUUGACUCUCCGGCACCAAGCGACUUCAACCCUUUCGACUCCAAGCUGACUCAACUCUUGAAACGAUUCAACGAUGCGCCAGACUCGGAUCCCGUGAAAGCUGCUCAAGCAGAGUUGGCAGGCGUUAAGGAUAUCAUGACCAAGAACAUUGAACAAAUUCUCAAUCGUGGAGAGACGCUGGAGUUCUUGAUGAACAGGACAGACAAUGCGGCUCAGCACAGCAUGGCAUUUAGGCGAAGAGCCGUUGGUGUGCGGAGAAAUAUGUGGUGGAAAAACGUUAAAAUUAUGCUCCUGGCUGCGAUGCUCGCUUUGGUGAGUUGA